CCCGUUCCCAUAUUUGGGAACUCCGUUCCCAAAAAUGGGAACGUUCCUAUAUUUGGGUACUCAUGACCAUAGUUCCACCUACUGCUAUGCAUCAAACAUGUGAUGUAAACAAUAGCAAUGCGGGCAAUCCGGGCAGCUCGGGCAGUUUGUGUUUUGAAGUGCAUGGGUGCAUUUCAAUCUAUUUCGUGCCAAGGCCCGAAGCAAGGCCAUAUAUACCACUAUAUACCACAAGGCCCGAAGUUUGUGCUGCAGCUCUUGCUGCAGGGAGUUGUUGGACAACUAUAACAAUAAGGAAGCCAACAUGAAUGGAACACACCAACCAGUGGCUCUGUAUGCUGGUGUGGAAGGUGGCGGAAGUCAUUCCGCCAUAGCUCUGUUUGAUGCAGAUGGAAAAUGUCUGGCAGAGUGCCAGGGGUCAUGCAUCAACUUCUUACUGAUCGGUAUGCCGGAGACGGAGCGGCGGAUCCGCGCGCUGGUGGACGACGCUCUACAGAAGGCCGGACAGCCGGCGCACACCACCCUCCGCGCGCUGGGUCUGAGUCUGAGCGGCUGCGAGGUGGAUGAAACCAACGAGGCGUUCCGUCAGAACCUGCUGGAGAACCACCCGACGCUGACCGAGUCGUGUUUCGUCUGCAGCGACACGGUCGGCACCAUCGCCACUGCCUUCGAGGACGGUGGUAUGUGUCUGAUCGCCGGUACCGGCUCCAACAGUCUGCUGCUGAAGGCGGACGGUACCACUCACCGCUGCGGCGGCUGGGGUCAUCUCUUCGGAGACGAGGGCGGCGCCUGGUGGAUCGCCCACGAGGCCAUCAAGUGGGUGUUUGACGAGGAUGACAACCUAAGGAAGCCGCCGCACAGCACCGAGGCCGUCAGGGAGGCCAUCUUCACCUGCUUCGGCGUCACAGACAGGUUCGGUCUGCUGGCGCACGCGUACACAAAGUUCGAGAAGCAGCGGUUCGCGGCGCUCUGCGAACACCUGGCGGCCGCCGCGCGCCACGGCGACCCUCUCUGCCUGCAGUUGUUCAAGGAGGCCGGCGCCUGGCUGGGCAGAUACAUCGCCGCACUGCUGCCCAAUGUGGACAAGGAGAUGCUGUCGGCGGAGCGCGGUCUGCAGAUAGUGGUGGUGGGCGCCGUGUUCCGCUCGUGGCCGCUGCUCCGGGACGGUCUGCUCGAGGUGGCCGGGCCGCUGCUGCCCGCCUUCCAGCUGCUCGAGCUGCGCGGAUCACUCUGCAGCGGAGCGGCGUUCCUGGCCGCGCGCCGCGCCGGCCACCGGCUGCCGCGCGACUGCAGCCAGCACACCAAGCUGCUCUGCAGCUGGCGGCAGUGACCGCAGUCAGCACAGGGUGGCAGUGACUGCAGCCAGCACAGGGCGGCAGUAGUGACUGCAGUCAGCACAGGGUGGCAGUGACUGCAGUCACCACACCAAACUGCUGUGCAGCAGCUGGCGGCAGUUUAGCGACGCAGUUAGGCAGUGGCGGCGCACGUAGCGCCAAAUACGCCGGACAUUUAGUGCCAACCAUCCGCCAUCGCACAGAGCCGGCCGGGAGGACGGGUGGGGCAGCGAGCGAAACACCGGGACUUGGGGAGAGGAUUGUAGCGUAGGAGCUAGCGUGCGGAGAGAAAUGCUCGAGACGUGUUGAGGAGGGGAAGGAUAAAACUGGAGCCUGAUGUUCGCCCAGUCAUUCAGGAAUUACUUCAUUGUCCAGUGGAUGUCUGUGCCGUGCUGUGUUGUGUUGUGCGCUGGUGGAUUUAUUUGUGACAGAGCCAGAGGCGGCCGGGUGAGCGGGUGACUGCCCGUGAAUUUCCGUUCGAGACAUUCCCGUGCCAUAUUUAUCAUUUGUUGCUUUUUAGGUUGAUUUUAUCAUUAGCACUUCACUUUGUUGAGGCGCGGUGAGCUGGGCUGGGCUGCUUGGUUUUCUGGGAAUCAUGUGCUGACGGACUGCCUAGUGCCUAUUGCAUUAAUUGUGGUUAUGGAGUGCCCCGCAACGGGUUGGGUGCUACCAAAGAGCUUGGUUGUCAGGAUGUGAGGGCUUUCCGGGAGUACAAGACUUUGAUCAUGCUUCGCUUUACGUUAUGUUGAAUCGUAGAAGUUUAUAUUAAUUCUAUUUUCGUACAUCGAUUGACAAGUCAUUCACCUAAAUGUGAGAGAUUUCACAAUCAACUGUGAUUGACCAUUUGUGAUUUUUUUUAGUGAAUCAAACAUUCCACGGCAUGCAUUUUUGUAAUACAAUUGCUCAAAUCGAA